CUCGAGAAUUACAGUAUUUAUAGAGGACACUUGCAAGUCCACAUUACGCUUCUUCAUUUCUAGCCAAAAUGAGCGGUUUACUGAGUGGGUAUCUUGGUUUCAGGAGAAAAAAAGGGACCUCAUUUGAAUAUUAUCAGACUAUUACAGAGAAGUUUUGUGAUGUCAAACCGUUUAGAGCUACAAAUGGUAUCAGACGAUGUCACAUAAUUGAACCGCGCAGUUGCCACGACUCAAGCGCCUUUUCUCGUGUUCCAAUGAGAUGGGCAAUGUACUUGUGCCUGCUAUUACUAUUUAUAGGCCCCGUCAGCGCGCUUCGAUUCGGAGUCUGUAUUCAACCCAGUGCAGGAAACGCAAUAGAUUUAUUCAGGACCGUCAAUGAUUACCAAUCGCGCAUAAAUGCAAUGAACAAGUUAAAUAAUAAAGAAAGGCAGCUUUUAACGGAGCGAUUCGAAACUGCCAUAACUAACUAUAUAUCCAGCAAUACCUGCCUACGCUAUUAUUUAAAAGAUCAUCUUGAGAUAAGCAUGGAAGGCGACAAACAGUUUGAAAUGAGCAAUAUUUUGAUCUCGUUAGAUAUCCAUAUCAAUGAACCGAUAGAUGCUAAAAUUCAGCAACUCAACCUAAAUGUCAUCGAUCGACACGGAAACACAUUGAGGCGCAAGAAUAACCUGCAAGACCAGAACAUACAGAUGGUAGUCGAUUUCCCUCUUUAUGAUCACAGGAAUGACUACAAAGUAGAAUAUCUAGAUCUCUGUUUUGAGAAUAUCAAGAUUGAUCAAUCAUGGAAAUCAUCCCCGAAAGACAUUGAAGCUUAUAUCACGUUGAAAUUUGGUGUACCGGAAAUACUGAAAACAUACGAAGAAAACUCGAAAGAGCUACUGACAGUGAAGUCAAAGCUGUUUAAAAUAGAAAAUGAAGUGGAUCAGAUAAUCACACAAAUUAGACAAAUGUUGUCAGACGAAAGUAAGCUAAGAAAUUUGAAUGAAGCAAUACUGAGCAACUUUUCAUUAUUUGGUAUUCUUAUAGUACUCAUUCUCAUGCUAUCUGGAGGAGUGCAGCUAUGGUGGCUCAUCAAUUGUAUGAAGAAGAAAAGCCUUUUGUAA